AUGCAAGAGACUUUGAAUGACUCCCUCCCCCCUGUCCAUCACAAUGCGGAUCAUUGGGGACCAGGUUCCCUUCAAUACUCGUUCCCUCCCAGCUCACCCACUCCGGCACCAGGUCUCACCGCUUUCCCCUCAAACCCGACGCUGCUCACUCCUUUGACUCCUCCGCCUCAGUCUGCAUCGCCCAGUGGAUUUGACCUCGUUGGUACUGUCAUGUUGGACCAAAUCGCGAAUCACUGGAAGUUGGAUGCGGAAGACAAAGACCGAUUGUGGUUCUUUGUGCGCAUUGGAUCUCUGGGACCUGGGCUCUCAUUAUCUGCUCUUGCAAUGGGCCUGUACUCGCUGGCUGCCAAGCUGGGCAUCGCAGCUGCGGCCAGACGACUUCAAGAGAAGGAACAACGGGAUUAUCACACUGUUAUGCGCGACUUGGAGAUUCGACUGGCUGAUACAUUCACUUUGACCACUCCUCAGAAGCUUGUUGCAAGUAUCAAUGCUAAGACAUUCUGCAGCCUUGCUGUAUUCGUCAAUAAGUCCGCGCGCAAGUACAAAGGGAUUGAGUUGACGGAGGAAACAUCAGAUCCGUACAUUAUUCAGGUGGCACUACUGCGCCACUUUGUAUUUGAUCACCCCACCCUUUCGAAGACACCCAAGGAAAGCGAGGAUGAGGGGGAUCAAGAUUUCGAGGAGAUCGAGGAACGUCCGAAGAAGAGGGGUCGCACAACGAAGGGAGCAGACUUUUGGGGUCAAGUUGAAGAAUGGUUCAAGGCAGAGAUAUCCAAGCGUGGAUCGAGUUUUACCACCCCAGCGUGGAAAGAGUACAUUGAUCAGAUUCUCAAGGACGACCGGGACACGUUCAAGGGCUUGAUCCCAGGAGCCACUGUCCGUGUCAAUAUCCCAAGAUGCGCAGAACGAUCUGGGCGUAUUGGAGUCUCGGUGAAGGAGGCGGGCUUGGAGGCCAGACAAGAGAGUGAGAAGCGAAAUGUGUCUAGAAAGCGAGGUGUCAUGUGGUAG